AUGGCCCGAGGUUUUACGACCUUCACGGCAGCAGUUGACGCGUGGUACGCUACGAUCUCCUCCUACGACUUGAGCCAUCCUGGGCCCCAGGCGUCGGCACCAAAGGCGGCACUAUUCGCCAACAUCGUAUGGCGCACCACGACGGGCGUUGGAUGCGCCGUCAACCGCGGCUGCACGAGGCCAUUCUACGUCUGCAUCUACCUGCCCUCUGCGACCUCCAACCCCCAGGCCUGGGCGGCCAACGUCCGCCCCGCCAUCGCCGCCGUCGCCAAGCCCGAGCAGCCGCCCACCGGGGAGCCCCUAUCCGCCCUCGACGCCCAUAACGCCCUGCGCGCAAGACACGGCGCGGCCCCGCUGCGCUGGGACGCCGGGCUCGCGGCGUCGGCGGGCGCGUGGGCCGCUGAAUGCAGCGGCGGGCUGUCAGGCGCGGAGGGCGUCGGCGAGAGCAUCGCGCGGGGCGACGCCAGCUUUGCGGCUGUGGUCGAGGGCUGGUAUGAUGAGAUGAAGCUCUACGACUUCAGCCGCCCGGGCUGGCGCGCCUCCGCCGGCCGCUUCACGCAGCUCGUCUGGCGCGACACCACGACCGUCGGCUGCGCGGUCGCCGCCGGCUGCCCCUCCAAGACGUUUGUCUGCCGAUACUCGCCGCCGGGCAACGUCAUCGGCGGCGACUGGGCUACCGAAGUGCCUCGGCCGCUCACAAAGUCCGAGGUUGCGGCUGCGGCCCGUGCCCAGAGUGAGGACGCGCAGCCGCCACCAGAGCCGGUGGCCGACAUAACCUUGAAUGGCCGCUCCAAGAGGCCCGCGGCUGGCCCAGUCGUGGCCGCGGUGCCAGCGGUGGCGCCACGCCGGUGCGACGACGCGGCCGCUGCCGCGCGCCUCGCCUUGGACCGUACCAACGUUUACAGGACUAUGCAUCAGGUGGCGCCCGUCACUUGGGACGAUGAUCUUGCGGCCAACGCAGCCGCGGUGGCGGACGGCUGCGGCGGCAGCCCAGGUUCCUCCAAGGCGUACGGCGAGAACGUGGCGAGAGGCUAUGACCUCAGCGACUUUGGCGCCGCCGUCGAUAAGUGGUACUCGGAGGUGGUCCAGUACGACUUCUCAGACCCCGGCUGGAACGCAGACGCCGGGCACUUCACGCAGCUGGUGUGGAAGGACUCGUCCCGUAUGGGGUGCGCCGUGAACCUGCGGUGCACGUGGCCGGUGUACGUCUGCCAGUAUAUCAGGCCUGGCAACGUCAUCGGCGCCGAUUGGGCGCAGCAGGUUCUCCCGGCCGUCGCCCCCACGCCGGCCGCCUCCGCGGCCAUCGAGGAGUGGCAACCCGCCGCCGCGACGUCGCCCGCCCCCGCGGCUGCCGCAGCCCUGGUCCCGGCGCCUGCGCCUGCCGGCGCAGCAGGGAAGCGCAAGCGCACGACCCUGCCCCCCACCGCCGCCGUCGUGGUCAACCUGAUGGACCCCGAGGUCAAAGCGGCGUUUGACCUGCAGAACGAGAUGCGCGCCGCGCACGGCGCGCCCGCGCUGGCGUGGGACGCGUCGCUGGCGAAUGACGCGAUGUCGUGGCUGGCUGGCUGCCCGAUGACUAAGAGCAAGGCGUGGAAGGAUCGCGGGGAAAACAUGGCCUGGGGUUACCCCGAGUUCAAGGAUGGCAUCAAGGCCUGGUACUCUGAGAUCAAGCGCUACAACUUCAAGCACCCUGGAUACAGCGCCCGCGCUGCCCAUGCCACCCAGCUGCUGUGGCACGACACCCAGCGCGUCGGCUGUGCCGUCACGACCAACUGCAAGAUCAAGACGUACAUCUGUCAGUACCAGCCGCAGGGCAACAUAAAGAAAGGCGCCGGCCUGCCCCAGCUGUGGGCGCACGAGGUCUUCCCCCUGGGAACACCUGCCGACAGCAGCGGCGGCGGCGGCGGUGGCGGCGCACGCAACCCGCCUGUCAGCCCGCCCCUGAGCCCCGAAGUGCCCCCCAACGGCGCUGGCUCGGGCGGCAACAGCGGCGGCGGGACCAGCACCCCCAGCGGCCCGGCCGCCCCUCCCUCAAGCACCCCCGGCCCCGCUGCACCGCCCCAAGUCACGCCGAUACCCGGCGGUGGCGGCAACAGCCAGAUUCCCAUCCUGGGUCCCGACAAUGGCAGCAACCACGAGGAAGACGACCCGACACCCGACCCUCUGGCUUCCGGCGCCGGCGGCGGCGUCGACGCGGCGACUGCACGGCAGCUGCUCGACCAGCAGAACGGCUACAGGGCCAGGCACGGAGUGGAGAACCUGAAGUGGGACGCCGGGCUGGCGGCCUCGGCGGCGGCGUUUGCGGCGGGGUGCCCGCUGGGGCACUCGGGGACCCGAGGGAUUGGCGAGAACAUUGCAUGGGGCAACCCCGACUGGCGCGCGGCGAUCCAGGCGUGGUACGACGAGGUGCAGUACGUUGACUGGUCAAACCUCGGCUGGCGCGAGUCCACUGGCCACUUCACGCAGCUCGUCUGGCGCGACACCACGGCCGUCGGCUGCGCGCUCAACGCGCAGUGCCCGCAGCCGACCUACAUCUGCCAGUACGCCCCUGCCGGCAACAUACUUGGGCAGGACUGGACCCAGCACGUCUUCCCCGUCGGCGGCUACAGGGCAGGCGGCGCCGGCAGCGCAGGCGCAGGCGCGGGUGGCGCGGCUGGCGGAGGCGGCGCCGCCACGGGCGGCAGCGCCCCGCCCUCGCCGCCGUCGUCGCCGCCGAGCACGGCCGGGGGCGGCAGCGGAGACGGAAAUGUUGUGGACUCGAGCGGCGCCGGCAGCGGCGGCAGCGGCGGCAGCUCCGGCGCGCCCGCAGGGCUGAGCGCUGACCUGGCGGCCGUCCUGCAGCGCCACAACGAGCUGCGCGCCCGCCACGGCGCGGCGCCGCUGUCUUGGGACGCGCCGCUGGCGGCGCAGGCCCAGGGCUACGCAGACGGCUGCCCCAACGGGCACUCGGGCAUGAGCGGUGUCGGCGAGAACCUUGCGUGGGGUUACUCAUCAUUUGAGGAGGCUGUCAACGCCUGGUACAAUGAGGUGAGCUCUUACGACUACAACGCCGCCACCUUCAGCGGCGCGACCGGCCACUUCACCCAGGUGGUCUGGAAAGGCACCACCAAGCUCGGCUGCGGGUCCAACCCGUCCUGCGGCAUGAAGACGUACGUCUGCCAGUACACGCCCCCCGGCAACGUGAUGGGGGAGUUUGCGGACAACGUGGGGCGCCCCACGUGA